AUGAGUUCAGCCACUUCAAAAAACCCUCAGUCACUACGUAAAGUAAGUUCAGAUAUAUUGGUUUUUGUCUCUUCUGCAAAGAGCUCUAGGGAGUCGGAUACAAACAUGGGAUCUGAAUCAAAUGGUGACAGAGAUGAUGGUUCUGAACAGAGCGACUUUGAUGAUUGGCGAGGCAAUGCCAGGGAAGAGCUUAAUAAGUACUUGCCGCUAUACAAAGCAGCAGUUGAAGGUAAUUGGGAAAAGGCUAAACAUUUCUUUGAUAUUGUUGAUAAGAAAGCUGUAGCAGCGAGGAUCACUUUCUCUUCGGAGACAGCAUUACAUGUAGCUGCAGGUGCAAGACACUUGAUGUUCAUGAAGAAUCUUAUGAAACUCCUGAAACCAAAGCAACUUGAAAUAAAGAACAAAGAGGGUGAAACAGCACUUCAAAAUGCUGUGAUGGCUGGAAACUUCGAAGCUGUAAAAGCAAUGGUGGAAAAGAACCCAAAAUUGACCCUGAUACCUGAUAAAUAUGGAUGGGUUCCUUUGGUAAAUGCAUCAAAGUACGCAUCAGUGAAGGAAGAAAAAAAGGAGAUGAUCGAUUAUCUUUAUUCAGUUACUAGAGAGAAUGAUGUGGACAACCGGCCGAGUGCCUUCUCUGGAAAUUUGGGUGCUCAAGUAAUAUGCAGUAUAAUUGGAGCUGGGUUCUAUGAUAUUGCCCAUGAUAUGGUCCAAAGGUAUCCAUAUCUGGCUACAAUAACAGACAACAAUGGUGUCAGUGCAUUAGAAAUGAUGGCAGGAAGUCCACAUGCAUUCCUAAGUGGAACUCAACUGACAUUCUGGGAGCGUAGCGUCUAUCCAUACAUGGGAAAUUAUUGGGUUGGAAAACCAGCAGACAUAGAGAAAGCUGGGGAAAGUUUGAAAGCAGGAAUUCCAUCAAGAGUCCCUUUUAUCAAACAGUUAUACAAUAAAAAAUUGAUGAACGAAGAAGCUGUAGCAUUGGUUAAAUGUAUUUGUGAAAAGAUCAUCUCCUCAAUGAGUAGGAAGAGUUUUUCCAACGUACAAACAUCUUGGGUACUGCAACGAAAUCUGGAACAGUUGAACUUGUAACUGAGUGUUUAGAGAAUUUUCCUGACCUAGUUUGGGUUCGAAUGGGAGAAGAGGGACACAAUGUAUUUAUGAGUGCAGUUCAAGAACGACAAGAAAAGAUAUUCAAUCUCGUGUAUAAAAUCAGUGGGUAUAGGAAAAAGCUUGAAGCCUCAAUAGACUUCAGUAAUAACACUAUAUUGCAUCUGGCUGCGAAAUUAGAAUCUCGUUCCAAACUCAGUUCAGUGUCUUGUAUUGCUCUGAAGGUUCAAAGAGAGAUCCAGUGGU